AGGACCAUUUCUCGAAUUUUCGAAUUCGACAUCAAUCUGCUCCAUUUCGAGUUCAAUUUCAAACUAGCAGUUAAUCCUCAUCAACCGCAAAAAUGGGUGUUGUUGACGUUCUCUCUCGCAAGUCCGGUGUCAUCGUCGGCGAUGACGUCUUGAGACUCUUCGAGUAUGCCCAGCAGAACAACUUCGCCAUCCCCGCAGUUAAUGUGACAUCCUCCUCAACCGCUGUGGCCGCACUCGAGGCUGCCCGCGACAAGAAGGCCCCCAUCAUCCUCCAGAUGUCCCAAGGCGGCGCCGCCUACUUCGCCGGAAAGGGUGUCACCAACACCAACCAGGAAGCUUCCAUUGCCGGUGCCGUUGCUGGAGCCCACUACAUCCGCAGCGUUGCGCCAGUCUACGGCAUUCCCGUCGUCCUCCACACCGACCACUGCGCCAAGAAGCUUCUCCCAUGGCUUGAUGGUAUGUUGGAUGCAGAUGAGAAGUACUUCAAAGAGCACGGUGAGCCGUUGUUCUCCAGCCAUAUGAUUGAUCUCUCCGAGGAGACCGUCGAGUGGAACAUUGAAACCACCGCCAAGUACCUUAAGCGUGCUGCCCCAAUGAAGCAGUGGCUCGAGAUGGAAAUUGGUAUCACUGGUGGUGAGGAGGAUGGUGUUAACAACGAGAGUGUCGACAACGCUGCUCUCUACACCCAGCCCGAGGAUAUCUUGAACAUCUACAACACUCUUUCUCCCAUCAGCCCAUACUUCUCCAUCGCCGCUGGUUUCGGAAACGUCCACGGUGUCUACAAGCCCGGAAACGUCCGGUUGCACCCUGAGCUCCUCAAGAAGCACCAGGCUUAUGUCAAGGAGAAGACCGGCUCCCAGAAGGACAAGCCAGUUUUCCUCGUCUUCCACGGUGGCUCUGGUUCCUCCAAGGAAGAGUACAAGGAGGCUAUCAGCUAUGGCGUCGUCAAGGUCAAUAUGGACACUGAUAUGCAAUACGCAUACAUGUCGGGUGUCCGCGACUAUGUUCUCAAGAAGAAGGACUACCUGAUGACCGCUGUCGGCAAUCCCGAUGGCGACGAUAAACCAAACAAGAAAUACUUCGAUCCCCGUGUGUGGGUCCGUGACGGAGAGAAGCAGAUGUCCCUUCGAACCCAGGUGGCUCUCGAUGACUUCAAUGCCACCAACCAGCUGUAAAUAAACUAAUUCACCAUGUUUUUGCGCCUCCCAUGCUGGAGGCCCUGUGUCAAUAAAAGGACAGGCCAUUGUGCUUCAUGACAUGUUU